AUAAUGCCGUGUCACCUCCUGCCCUCCGCUUCCCUCCGGCAGUAGGAGAGGCCUUUGCAGGAGCACAGAGGAGAUGCCCUGCCAGCCCAGAGUUCCUCCAGCUACUGAGGCGUUGCUAGCAGCCAUGCCGAGCUGCCCGGGUGCAAGAUGACGCUCACCAUCGUAGCAGCAGGCAGAGUCACCCAGGCUUUCAUUUGCUUCCUCCUGUGCCUCUCCUGGGGCAGCUCCUGCCCUCCGAGCUGCCAGUGCACGGAGCGGGCAGGGGCGAAGGCUGUCCUCUGCAGCGCCCAGCACUUGGAGGAGAUCCCCAAGGACAUCCCCCAAGAUGCGGUGUUCCUCAAGCUGGACGCCAACAGCAUCACCAGGAUCCCCAGCAAUGCCUUCAGGCACCUGUCCCACCUGGAGGAGCUCGACCUCUCCAGGAACGCCAUUGAGAAGAUCGACGGGGCGGCUUUCAAAGGGGUGGCCGCUGGCCUGCGCACCCUCGACCUCUCCAGCAACCGCAUCCGCAGCAUCCCCAAAGAGGCUUUGCUGAUGCUCAAUGCCAAGCUCCGGCUGGCCAACAACCCCUGGCAUUGUGAGUGCACCUUGCAGGAGGUGCUGUGGGAGGCACGGCUGGACCCCGACUCCGUCCAGGACAUCACCUGCCACACAGCCCCACGGGAAGAAUAUGUGGGGAAGCCGCUGCUCCAGGUCCUGGAUGCUGGUGUCAACUUCUGUAGCGUGCGCCAAAGGACCACAGACGUGGCCAUGUUCAUCACCAUGUUUGGCUGGUUUGCCAUGGUAAUCGCCUACGUGGUCUGCUAUGUCCGACACAAUCGAGAGGACACCCGCAAGCACGUGGAGUACCUGAAAUCUUUACCAAACACCCAGAACCCUGCAGAGACCAUCAGCACUGUCCUGUAGCACAAAGCUGGGGUGCCUUGCUCCCAGCUUCUCUGCAGAGAACCUGCAAACCAGUGACCACCUCAGCAGGGAUGGAGGUCUGGAGCCAACUCCAGCAGCCACGGAGCAAGCCUGGGAGAGUGAUGUGAUGGGGGAUGCAGACGGAUGUGCA